AAUGAGAAUCGUCCGCCUGAUCAGCGACCUAGACAGAAACACUCGAGUUUUAUUAUUUAUCGAUGAAGUUUGAGGUUAUUACUGCCGAAAGGGCCAAAUUUAAUUGGCCGCCACCCAUGGUAUCUAGCAUCGUGUGCGAGUGUUUCGUUUAAUCCAGGAGUUUCCAGAGAUUAAACUGUGUCUGCUAAAUACAUUUAAAAAAGUAGAAUAAAAAUAUACACUGUGAGGCGGGGCUGCUGCGGAAUACGAUAGUUUUGCUCACAAUCCUGCGCGAUCUCGUACUCUGUUCAGUCCAGACUUUGUCAGCUCGCAAGUUUUCUGGAAGUAUACAAAUCCACAGAGGAUAUCGAUUACCAAAACUCUUACCAAAAAAUCACAGAAAAGCGAAUGAAUCUGUUGAAACCCCUUCGGAUACAUGAACAGGCUUGGCCAAGGCUGACUAUAGGUCCGUGUAGGGAAUUAGCCUGCUCUCUCUCCGCUACCAGUCAAAUUUCAGCGGAAGGGCCGGCAGCAAAUUGAAUUCUCAAUUUGAAUUUUGGGUGUUUAAACGUGUUCCGGCUCACGGUAUAUACAGUGUAUCCAUGCCUAAUGUCUUUUGGCAUUUCUUCCUUCCGGCGAGUCUGUGGAAAUAAAUGCGUUGAUGAGAUUGGUGUAUACCCACAAGCAAGUUUUGGUUCUGUACUCCUAUACGGUUGCAUUUAAACAAAUUUGGAAGUACUGGUGAAGGCCUUAUAAAGGUCACUUGGUAGCUAUAUCCAAUAUUACACAGGCUUUUAAACAUGGAUUAACUUUCGACAAAAAUAUAAAAUGGGGAACUUUUGUUGUGGAAAUCCUUCUCACCAUAGUGAACAAGAACCUGGAUUGCAAAAUGAGCGGGAAGCUUUAUUAAGUUCGUGCAGCUCAUGUGUUGUUAAUGAACAGAUAACAUCUCCACAGAACUCUGUUUUCAGCCAGAAUACGACCGAACUGCAAAAUAAAAUUGGCAGUGCAGAUAUUUGCAAUAAUGGUGCUGUUGCAACAAAGAGUUUCUCCCCACAGUCUUCAGUUGCAAUUGAAGCAGAUUUUGAAAGUGAAAGAUAUGGCACCAAUAUACAACAAUUAAAAAACAGUCAUCAAGAGCAAGCUUGUACAGGGGAGAGGACUAUUGUAGCUUCAAAGCUAAUUACACCAUCUGUAUGCAAUAGAACUGAAGAUCGUUGUUCUAAUGUUGAAACACUGCAAGACGUAAAUUUCCCCCUGCGAGCUUCAACUCAGACUGGGCCUGAUUUGAAAGUUGUGCAGGAUGAAAAGUAUGACUCUCUACACACUGCACAGCAGAUAGAAAGUGAAAGUAAUCUUCAGAAACCUGCUGGCAAAAUUCAGGAUACCAAUGCUACACAGGAAGUCAAACUAGCAUAUACUGUGAAUGGUAUCACAAGUGCAGAAGAUCACCGAAUUGAUUCUAAUUCUUGGGAAAGAAUAAGCACUUCUGAGAACCCUGAAAAAGUGGAGAAAUGUGCUCACAUUGAAGCAAUGCAAAAAACUGUGAAAAACGAUGAAAGAAACAAGGUGGUUGAUACUGUGUCACAAAAAUGUCAGAGCAACUUGUUAACACAAUCUGCAGUUGGAACGUACUCCUCUAUUAUGGACAAUUCUGCAAGCACUGCAAAAAGGGCAAGAAUUUCUCAAGGCAGCAACUGCAAUGUUAGCAGUGGUCUCAAAGAGGAGCAUGGAGAAGCAGAGACGGUCUUGGAUGAGGAUGAAGAGAGAGCCAAGACAUUUCAAAAUAAACAAUCUGAUUGUAGAAUGGAGGAAAUGAAGAAUUGCCAACCAAGUGAAGAGCUCAUUCGUGCAAAUGCGCAGAUUAUUGAAUUGGUGUCAGACACUCCAGAACUGAAAGAAGAUCUCUCCAGCGAUGAAAGAAGCCUUUGGGAAGCCGGUGUCGCUGAAGAAACUGCUGAAAAUAUGAAGGUCUGCAAUCAAGAAUGCUUUGAUGGAGAGGAAGACCUGUACCGUGACGAAGCUGAGAUAGAAAAAGAAAAAAAUCAAAGAUUGACCUCUGAAAGCCAACCGGCAGCUGCCACAAAGUGGUCCACUAUUGAACCUGGUGUAGAUGUUUUGGAAUAUUGUGCUAGGGAAUGGAAGGGAAACACAGCAAAAGCGCAACUAAUGAAAGAGGCAUAUGAAGCUGUAUGUCAAACUUUCAGUUCUGUAAGAAGAGUUCGAGGUGAUAAUUAUUGUGCUUUAAGAGCUACACUGUUUCAAGUAUUGAGUAAUGUUAAACUUCUUCCCUGCCUGCAACAAGAUGACCUAAUCCAGCUUCCAGAAAAGCUGAUUGCAGCAAACUACAUCUGGAUCAAGCAGUGGUAUUUUGGAGUUCAAGACUCUGGGAAUGAAAAUCCUGUGAAAAAACUGAUGGAAUAUUUGACAGUACUGAAACAAAAGUGGAUACAGAUAUGUGAAAUAGAUUCUGUGAAAGAACGACAAGCUGUUUGCGAAGAGAUAUUCAAAAAUGACCAGGAAGAAUACAGGUUGUAUGAAGCCGUGAAAAUUCUCAUGUUGGCCAAGGCUAUUGAACUCGAUAAUGAUAAAAUGCAAGAAAAGGAAAUCCCUCUCUUCUGUUGGCUGCUAUUUGCUCGUGAUACUUCUGCUGAUCCUUAUCAGUUCAUGAAGAAUCAUUUGAAUCAUGUUGGUUACACGGGUGGACUGGAUCAGGUUGAAAUGUUUCUUCUGGGAUACUCCCUACAGUUAACUAUCAGAGUUUUCAGGCUAUACAAAUUUGGAACUGAUGAGUUUGUCACUUUCUAUCCUAAUGAUCAUAAAGAGGACUGGCCAAUGGUUACGCUAAUAACUGAGGAUGACAGACAUUAUAAUGUACCUGUGGAGAAUGCUCAAGUGACCCAAAUAUAAGAUGAAUUUCAUUGCACUAUGUUAUUCCCUUGAUCUAGAAAUAAAUUGUUACACUCUUCUGUUGAUCUGAGAGUGCUGCUUUUUAACCUUUUAAUUGUUGGGGGAGAAACUGCAGCAGAAAAUACAUAAACUGGAAAAUGUAUGGCUCAAAGUUUAAGAAAUAAGCUUCUGUAAAUAAAAGGGGUUGACUGUCUGAACCUGUCAGCCAGAGGAGCAAGCAAAAUAAAUUUAAAAUGGUAGAUUUGUUGUUAUGCACUUUUGCUAUCCAUUUACAUUUUGUAAAAUGAUUGACUAAAUCUAUACAGAAGUCAGAAAAUGCCAUUUUAAGUGUUUCUUGGGUAUGGUGUAAAUAAACAUUAGUGAUUAAAUACAA